UCGAGAUAGGAGCCACUGAAACACUAGUCGAGAUAGGAGCCACUGAAACACUAGUCGAGAUAGGAGCCACUGAAAUACUGGUCGAGAUAGGAGCCACUGAAACACUAGCCGAUAAAAGAGCCACUGAAACACUAGUCGAGAUAGGAGCCACUGAAACACUAGUCGAGAUAGGAGCCACUGAAACACUAGUCGAGAUAGGAGCCACUGAAACACUAGUCGAGAUAGGAGCCACUGAAACACUAGUCGAGAUAGGAGCCACUGAAACACUAGUCGAGAUAGAAGCCACUGAAACACUAGUUGAUAUAGGAGUCACUGAAACACUAGUCAAGAAAAGACCCACUGAAACACUAGUCGAGAUAGGAGCCACUGAAACACUAGUCGAGAUAGAAGGCACUGAAACACUAGUCGAGAAAAGAACCACUGAAACAAUAGUCGAGAAAGGAGCCACUGAAACACUAGUCGAGAUAGGAGCCACUGAAACACUAGUCGAGAAAGGAGCCACUGAAACACUAGUCGAGAUAGGAGCCAAUGAAACACUAGCCAGGCUUAUAUCACCAAGGAAUACUAGUAUUCUGUACUGCAAGGUGAUAUCUCGUAUCAAGGAAUCUGUUCACAAAGUUGUCAAUGACAUUGAGGCAUAG